AUGUCGCAACCUAGGCAGUUUUACUCAGAAUUAGAAAAGACUCUGUUAAUAGAACUAGUUGGAAAACCCAAAGAUGUUAUCGAAAAUAAGAAGAACGAUUAUAAGACAAUUAGACAAAAAACCCUCGCGUGGGAAGAGUUAGCACAAGAAUUUAAUUCCCAAUCUGGUGUUACGAAAAGAGAUUCGAAGCAGUUAAAGAAAUGCUGGAAAAAUGUGAAGGCCCGUGCCAAGAAGAAUCUUGCGAAGGAGAAGAGACGUGCAAAAUUGACGGGUGGUGGUCCAUCGUGUGUGCAACAAGAAGACGAGGAUGCGGCCGUAGCCGCUAUUAUUCCCAAUCAAAUAGACAGCCUUAGCAACCCGUUUUAA